UAUUGACAGGGUUUGGCGGUGUUGUGUUUGGAAAUUCGAAAUCGAUGUUGAUAAAUUGUCCGAUGAAGUUGCGGAUUUGAUUUAUUACACCCAAAGUGUAAAAAUAUAUAGCUGCACAAUUUUAAGCUGUGCACUCAUUGAUGUAGGAAGAAUCGGAUAUUUGCUGACGAAGACUUUUGUUUCGGUUUACCUUUGAAAACAUCGCACAGCUAUUGAUUUUAAGAAUGAAAGAGACAGUAGCACCGGGAACAGCUCUCUGUGGAAUAGAUAACCUUCCAGACGAGGUUCUCAUCGAAAUAUUCUCCUACUUGUGGCCGUUCGACUUGACGUGGUGUUCGCACACGUGCAGCAGGUGGCGUGCUAUUCUACGCGAGGAGAAGUCGCUGUGGAGGCGCUGGCGGUGCUGGGUGUACGACGGGAUCGCGAGGGAAGUGCUAGCUAAGGCGGGUGCAGUGCCGCAGCUGGAAACGCUCUACCUCCUCUACUCCGGCACGUUCGGGGUCCACGUCGCCUGGCCGGAGGCCACCGUCUUCUACCACUACGGCAACGCCGCAGCAACGUGGGAGCCGUACUUCCGGUGUUUCGAUACCGAGUGCCUUGUGAUAGACCACUCGAUGCAGAAAAAUAUUUUUUCCUACUUGUCGUGGGUCGACCACCUCACGUUGAGGAGGAUAUUCAUCGUAGAACAGUCGUACUUUUGUAACCCGUCUGACCGUACGUGUGAAUUUGCCGGGCCGGUUUACGAUGCUGAUCGUGAGGACGGUUCCGUGCAGAGGGUCAUGGAGGCAUACCGCGUGAGUGUCAGAGCGGCACACCGCGACUUCCUCUCCGGGAAGGGUCGCCGCCGCGGUAGUGCCUCGGAGGUCCCCGCCCCGACGUCCGGAGCGGACGCUGCCGUGUGCCCGGCGUUGGAGGAAGUGAAUGUGUUCAGCAAGUACAUCCGGGACGAACACCUCGAGAGACUUUGCAGUCUGGGUCCGGUGCGCGCCUUGUACGUCCGGUGCCAGCGGCUCCACAGCCUGACUUUCGUGCGGGGCUGCAGCGCGACACUGGAGGAGCUGGAAGUCUCGGACUGCCAACGCCUCUUGGAGGACGCGUUCGCAGAUCUACGCUAUCUGGAGAGGUUGCGCGUGCUGCGGCUGUCGGACUGCCACGUCGAGGCGCAGACUGUCGGCAGUUGUGUGGCCGGCCUCCCCCACUUGGAGUCCUGUACGAUAAAUGGGUGUGAAGUCCUUCAGGAUCUCUCCUCGUAGGAUCCUUGUGCUGUGGCCUGUGUCCGCAGAUGUAGUGGUGUGUCCUGUAUCCUUACUUUAAGACACUGACUUGUUGAAAUUUUCUUGUGAUAACAUAUCAUUAUUUCGAGUCAAUAAAUAUGAUGUGUUGGAAGAAGGGCAGUGAGAGAGAUGGGCUGAUCUUGUGCAAUAUAUUAUACAAUUUUUUAUUUGACAUUAAAUAUUGUAAAAUUA